UCCGACCUAGCUGCAGGGGCUCUACGGGGGUGCUGCAAAAUUGGAUGCCAACAAAUCGCAAACUUCGGAAGGAAAUGCUGCACAAUCUCUGGAGAUGCUACGCCCAUUUGCUGUUGUGCUAGCAUGGGAAUAUGCCUGCUUGACCUUCUAUGUUGCUGCGGGGGUUCAGCUUCAUGCGGACUGCGCUGUUGUGGGUAUGGGCGGAAGUGCAAGAGCUCCAUACUCACACGCUUUCUCUACCUUUCCUUCCUCCUGGCUAUUGUAUUUGUUUCAUCCAUCCUUCUGGCCCCAAACGUCCAGAGGGCUAUGCAGCAACAAGCGAAUGUUUUGUGUGUUAACAACAACCAGUCUGUGGUUUCAUAUGUUGUGACUUUCCCUACUGCUAAUGCCAAUGGGUCACUCCUAAACUGUGACCAGUUCAUUGGGUAUCUUGCUGUCUAUCGAAUCUGCAUGGGUGUGGCAUUAUUCUUCCUUGUCAUGAUGUUCUUGAUGCUUCAUGUCCUCAGCAGCAAAGAUCCACGAUCCUACGUCCAGAAUGGAUUUUGGGGCAUAAAAUGGAUUGUAGUUAUUGCCAUUACUGCUGCAAUUUUCUUCAUUCCUGAUGGAAGCAAUCUGGCCUUCUCAAGAACUGCAAUGGCAUUAGGGUUAAUUGGAUCGUUCAUGUUUAUCAUUAUCCAAGUGAUUUUCCUAGUGGAUCUUGCCCAUUGCAUGGCUGAGUUUCCGUUGAACAGAGCCGAAGAAUCAGAGAACAAAUGGUGGUAUUUGCCUAUUGCAGUGGGAACUGCGUUCAUUAACUUCUUUGCUUUUGCUGGUAUUGUCCUCAUGUAUGUCUACUUCACUGAGGUUUGCAUACAUUUUACUUGCUCUCACUACAUGCAUUGAUUGACACCGGUGCAGUUGAAGAGUUGCUCUCUAAACAAGUUCUUCAUUACCAGUACACUGUUCUUUGGUUUGAUUGUUUCUAUUGUUGCAGUCUUACCCUGCGUUCAGAAAGGUGUGUGCGCCGUAUUUGUAAUGUGCCAUCUUAUCACACUGUAUAUACUGUGCUGAAAUUUAUUCUGCAUCAGUCCAGCCUAAGUCAGGUCUACUCCAGGCUUCAGUUGUCUCUGGCUAUUGUACUUAUCAGACUUGGUCUGCCAUCUCUACUGAACCUUAUGGUCCAGAUCAUGACUGUCGUGUUGAUGGAAACACUUUUGCUGUGUUUGUUGACAAUGGCAAUGCCUUAGCGGCAUCAAUCGUUGGUAUACUAGUCCUUCUUUUGACUAUUGCAUUUAUAUGCUUCAGCCUGUCAAGCACAUCACGGCUUAGGAAGUUCAGAGGGAGUAAAAGGGAAAAUAAGGUAGGUUCUUUAAUGUAAUUGCAUGUCUUCUUCCUUAAUCACUCCAAUUUUAAGCACUUAUCAUGACUCUAUUUAUCCGUGUGUGUAUGUUUAAAAUUAAUCAUCACGGGAUCGCCCUCAUGCUUAGUUCGGCCAUUUUUGUUUUUUGCCUGCAAUGUCUCACUGGAUCAGUCAUUUUCUGCAAUUUCAGGGAACUUUAACCCUUUGGGCGCCAUUUACAUAAUAUAUAUGCACAGAGCCUCCAUAAGUGCAUAAUAUUUUAUAUAAAAUGUUAUACAUCAAUUUCUGCUUAUUUAAGGUGACACCUAUGGCGCCCAAAGAGUUAACCAACGACUUCGCCUUCAGUAACUGUGGCUUUCAGAGAUCUCUGCUGUGCUGUGAUUGUCUUCCAGAUGAUAAACAAGAGGAGGAGAGCAGUGUAGAGGAAGACGAAGAAACACAUUGCUGCAGGAUGAAUGGUGUCGAUGAUGAAAAGAACGGAGUCACCUACAGCUACUCACUGUUCCACUUCCUUAUGCUCAUCUCUGUUCUCUAUCUCAUGAUGCACCUAACCAACUGGGCUGAUCCGGGUAAGACUGGUAGCGAACACUUCUUGAACAGCUGGGUUUCAGUCUGGGUCAAGAUGCUCACUGUCUGGAUCUGCUAUGGAGUCUAUGUCUGGACCCUCCUUGCUCCUCUUGUCUUAGGCAAAUGCCGGGAUUUUGACUAUGUCAAUUAGCCUAAAACUAUAGUAGGAAUAAUACAGCAAGGUGAUAAUGUGUGGCAAAUGCUGUACUUCUUGUAUUUUAAUAAUGCCUUGUCGCACUA